CCACAAAUUCUACAGGCGUUCGCACUGACCCUCUUUGCAACAAUGCAAAGUCUCUAGAUGUGGAUGGUCGGUGUUUCACACAAGACCCGCUGCGAAAAACUACAAUAGCAAGGUAUGUUUGUUGUGGACCUGUGGUUUGAGAAGCGUUGUAGUUUAAAUAGGGACGCAAUGGUUGGCCGAACGUCAGAAUCAUUUCCGACCUCCAUCUUCACAUCUCAACCUCCUUCGUGUCAAUAUGCGAUCAAACACCAAUUCAUCAACCAUCUCGGGUACCAUUAGUCGCCUCCAGUCGCGUGUAGUCAACCGCGAGGCUUCAGACUCAAACCAUGUAAACUAUCGUUACUGGCAACUCGUCCAAGAGAUGGCCCAGAUUGUGCAGUCCAUCGGUCCUCCCAGGGGAUCUUCAUCGCCUAUCAGGCGUCUGCCCACCGAAAUCCUCGCUGAAAUUUUCCUCUACUGCAUCCCAGAAGACGCAAACUGGACGCCCGCGCCAGAUCUAGCCCCCAUGCAGUUGACUGCAGUAUGUCAACGAUGGAGGGAGAUUGCUGUGAACAUGCCGAAUUUAUGGCGCAGGCUGCGAUUGGAAAUAGGGCACGGAGACUGGCAGCAGAGAGCUUUCUGCUAUGACUCCUACCUCAAGCGAUCACGGGGACGUCAACUGUCGUUGACACUCGAGUGUGAUAACAAUAAGUGGACAGGGCUACGAAGACUGCUCCGGCCAUACGUCAAUCAAAUUUCCUCACUGCAUGUUGGAUUAUCCUCCGGUACCAGCUCCUUUCCACUGGUGGCGGCGGACUUCGGCGGACUUCAGGAGCUGGCUAUAUACACGGAUAGUUUACUACAUCCAGUACCAGCUGCUGUCAGGCGCUCUAUCAUGCACUCUAUCAUCCAUUUGCCGCCCAACAUACGCAGUCUCAGGUUAUUGGAUGUGUUGCUUGACCCUGAUGUUCGGGACUCAACUCACCUCAUUUCUCCCUCAUGGGCCGGUCUCACAAAUCUUGAGGUUGUGGUAGGGGCACUACGACUUUCCUUACCCCGCUUGCUCCGUCUUUGUCCCAAUCUUUCGUCGUUGACGGCGAUGGGUGGACUAUUCGUGGUGGCGAGCGAGACCUCAAGACCAUUGGUGCACACCAAACUUCAAUAUUUGCGCAUUUCCGGCGAUUUACCUACGAGCGCGCACUUGCUCGGACUUCUUGGGCUAUUCCCUAACGUCACGCUCCCGAAUUUACGCAUCCUCGAAGUUAACAAUAUAGGGGGAUGGGUUCACCACGAAUUCAAGGCGUUGAUAACACGGUCACAGUGUCCCCUGGAAAGCUUGAUCUUCGGCCGUGGAGUGAGGACGAUACCUCAGUAUCUAGCAGAAUAUGUCACUCUUUUCCCAUCUCUCAAAUUAGUGGUAGAUCCUACGCGUUCAGGCUUGUGGUUAGAAUUCUAGACUGGGACAGUUUAUGUACAUAGUUGACGAAAUGAUGCUCACACGAUUAUGCUAUAUGUUGCCUAUACCUACUCAUUGCCAACCCUUCAAUAGACUAUGCCAAACAUUCUUUGAUCCAAAAUGACAUCCAUCGUCAAAUUAUU